AUGUUGCAGCAGCAGCCGAAGCUAAUGGAGGCACUCACCGUUAAGCUGUCCAACUCGCCCAUGGGUCAAUGAGGCACGGCAGGUUGUUCGCAAUCUGUUGAUCACAUUUCCGGCAUCAUCACUGAAUUCUUGUAUGACCCGCAGGCCCAUAUCACCAUUGAUUCCUGGUACAAACGAUACGAGGACUUGUUCUCUGUCGAUCCGGCUGCUCAGGACGAUGCAUGGAAGGUCUGAAUUCUACUUCGCAAACUGGGUCCGGCUGAACAUGUGCGUUAUGCAAACUUCAUCCUUCUUAAGAAUCCUCUAGAAGUCGCUUUCAAGGACACGGUUCAGAUCAGAUCAGAUCAGAUUUAUUAGGGGAAAAGUAGGCGAGCGCCUUUGAACUCCCUUUUGGUUACAAUAACGUCAUAAAAAACAAUGUGUAGGGCAAGUGUGAAAAAAAUUAGGUAAAUAAUUACGUACAACAAGCAUUGGUCACUGGUAUGAAUUUGUCUGUGAAUGCCUUCUACGUCAAAAUUGUACAAUAUCCAGUACGGCAAUGAAUGGACCAAGUAAUAUCAAAACAGGCGCAUAUGUGGCGGUCAGGAGAUAGCGAAAAUUGUAAAACGUAAUGUUACUAAAAUAUAGGGAGUAGCAUGCUUUGUAACAUAAGACGUUGGAUGGGGCGGGUGCCACAGGGGGGAAUUCGUUAGUUUCUGAUGCUGUGGAGGUACAUAUCCCUGUACUGGUCAAGCUUUCUCUUAAAUGAGUCCACGGAUGAGGACAUGACGACAUCCACAGGCAGGGCGUUCCAUGCCUUUUCCACUCUGUGGCUGAAGAAGGACCUCCUUGCGUCCAGUCUCGCUCCUGUCACACGUAGUUUCAGAGGGUGUCCUCUCAAGCUAGUAGUGGUGGCCAGCUCAAAGGAGCCACCGGAUGCGAGGCACCAGUCCUGACCCCGUAACAUUCUAAACGUUUGAAUUAAGUCGCCACUUACUUGUCUGUAGUCCAGGGGAAAGAGGUUAAGAUUUGAAAGUCUGGUUUCGUAAGGUAGGUUUUUAGGACCGCUGAUAAGCUUGGUUGCCCGUCGUUGGACUUUUUCGAGGGUGGUACGAUCCUUAACAGUCCAGGGUCUCCAGGCCUGAAUGGAAAAUUCUAACUGUGGGCGCACAAACAUCCCGAAGACCUUGCGAAAGCACUCUUCAUCGAACUUGGCAAAUGCCCGCUUAAUGAGAUAUAAGCUGGACAUUGCGGAUUUCGCUGCUUUCAAGCAGUGGGAUGAUGGCUUUAGUGAAGAUGUUAUCCACACCCCUAGGUCUUUCUGAAUCUCUACCAGUGGCAGCGGUGUGUGAUGUAGAUAGUACGUCUGCCGGUGCGCAGAGCUGGUUCUGCCAAUCCUCAGAAUGUUGCAUUUGGUAACAUUAAAUGGGAGGAGCCAGUGGCCUGAACAUUUUUCGAGUCGGUCUAAGUUUGCCUGUAAAUUUGCUUCAUCGUCCUCGUUGCGGAUGACGGUCCAAAGCUUUAUAUCGUCAGCAAACAUGGCAAUCUUGCAGUCCAAUCCAUGGAUACAGUCAUCAAUAUUGAAAUCAAAACGUUCUUUGGGAAAGGGAGAAAACUUUAUUGAGUAAAUUUUCGACGUCGGUUCCCCGUGUCGUCGUCAGACUAGAGUAAAUGUGCUGAAAACAAUUAAAAUUUCAAACGUGCUACAAAAUCAAUACUCAUUUGGUGCCUCAGCUAGUAAGCUGCCGUCGUGUGUGUCAGUCCGUAUUGAUCGGCUUUCGUCUCUUCCACUUUUCUCUGAGAUUCUUGUACGUGGCAUCUAAUUCGAUAUGCCUGUUGAUGCAUGACUCAUCGGAGUGCAUGGCUUCAAGAAACUCUCGUUUUGAUUUCAAUUUAUAUUUCUUGGGAUGCCUGCGUUCCAAGUCAUCAAUAUAGAUGAGGAAGAGGAUAGGGCCAAGAACGGAGCACUGAGGUACUCCGCUUGUAACCGUCACCUCUGCCGAGUGCUGGCCACCAAGACGAACAGUCUGGGACCGACUGACCAAAAAGUUUUCAAUCCACUUCUAAAGCUUGCCUCUUACCCCUAUGCGGCUGAGCUUGUGUAGGAGACGUUGGUGUGGCACGCUGUCAAAGGCCUUCUUGAAGUCUAUGUAGGCCACAUGCACAACGUUUCCUUCAUUAAUCGCUCGGGUCCACUGUUCAAGACAGUAGAGUAGAUUGGUCAAGCAGGACCUCCCUCUGCGGAGACCGUGCUGUGCAUCACACAGAAGAUGAUUUUGCUCUAAAAACCGCAUCAGUUCGCGUUUGAUUAUUCGCUCCAUAACUUUGCAGCAUAUGGAGGUGAGGCUUACUGGUCGGUAGUUGUUUGCGGAAGCGCGACUGCCAUUUUUAUAAAUCGGUGAAAUCCACACAGUCUUCCACUCAGGAGGCAGUCUGCCUGCAUCAAGAGAGGCUUGGGAGAGGACGCUCAGAGGUUCUGCCAUUUCUGUGGCGAAUUCCUUCAACAAAUUUGCCGGUAUUUCGUCAGGACCGGAAGAAGUCCCUUCUUUAAGCUUCAGUAAUUCCUGUUGAACAAUAGGUUUUGUGAGAACCACUGAGUCGCAGAUUUUUGGUGAUCAAUCAUCCCUCUUCAACACUCAAUUUCAGUGCUUGCAACUGUGCAAACGAGAUUCCGCUGAUUUCAUCCCGUAUGCGGGCAUUGUCAAUCGUGAGUGUGGGCGUUUACAACUCGGUUCUCUCACUGAAGACCAGUUUAAUUGCCUUAUAUUUAUCUGCGGCCUCCAGUCCCCCAAGGAUGCUGAUAUCCGGACACAUCUCCUGUCCAAAGUGCAGCAGAACAACUCUACCACACUCCAAGAGCUGGCAGCAGAGUGCCAAACGCUGAUCAACCUCAAGCACGGCCCUGCAAUGAUUCAGAACCCUGCCUCAUCUUCCUCAGUCCAUACGGUCACAUCGACCAAAUCGCAUCCUGUUACACGGCCCAAGCAAGUGUCCAAGUCGAGAUCUCCGCCAUCUCCUUGUCGGCACUGUGGCGCGUGGCAUUUCCACCGGCAUUGCAAUUUCCGCCAGCAUCGCUGCCAAAGCUGUAAUCAGGUGGGACACCGUGAUGGGUCCUGCAAAUCAGUACCAGCUUGUGAAGGCAAGCCAACUCCCACCACUACUAAUUCCAGGCACCGUUUCCGACCAAAACGCAAGCACAAACCCCAGUCCGUUGGUAAUUCUCUCAGUCUCUUGGCCGCUUUCCAGCUCAAUGCGUCUGGUCGUAGAAAGUUUGUUAGCGUUUUGCUCCAUGGCCACGCAGUUCGUCUACAGUUGGACACUGCCUCAGAUAUCACCAUCAUCUCUGAGAGACUCUGGCAGUCCCUUGGCAGCCCCACGAUGCAGCAGACUUCCCAGUCCGCCACAAGCGCGUGCGGUGGUCUCGUUCAGCUAAUUGGGCAGCUACAAUGCUGUGUGUCAUUCCGCGGCAACAGCAUCACUGCGAUCUGCUACAUUACCAAGUCUGAUCUAAAUCUACUUGGUCUCGACUGGAUGAAACAACUUGGGUUGGCCGAUAUGCCACUCCGCGUUGUUUGCAGUCAGGUGCAGAUUCCAGCUGUGCUUGCAGACCAAGCCAAGGACAUUCUCCAACGGUUUGCUCCAGUGUUCCAAGACGGCCUGGGUCGUUGCACAUACACUCAAGUGGUGCUACAUCUGUUUCCUGGAAGUCAACAGGUCCUCUGUCCAAAGCGACCAGUCUCAUGUGCAGCCCUACAACUUGUCGAGGCUGAACUGAAGCGUCUAGAGUAA